AUGGGCUCUCAUGAUAGAGUUAGAAGAAGAUCACGAUCACCGUCAUCCAAGUAUGCUUCGAAAAAACAACGAAAAUCCCGCUCUCGAUCUCCCAAAUAUCACAGGGAAGAAAGAAAUGCCAGAAAUCACGAGAAUGGUUAUCGAUCAAGAGACUCGAGUAAAAAAUUUGACCAAGAUGAUUUUAUGGAAUCUCGUAGACAACAAAGAGAGAUUUUAGGCGUUAGAGAAUGUCCUAACAUUUGGGGAAAAUCGCCAGAACCGGUCGAUACGGAUUCAGAAGAAGUUGUUUUAAGCAGUGAAGAAACGGAUAAUAUAAAAAAACACAAAAAGAAGCGGAAACACAAAGAAAAAAAGUCUAAGAAGGUUAAAAAACACAAAAAGGAUAAAAAGAAAAAGAAGAAAAAACUUAGCAGUGAUGAAACUGAUUCGGAAGUUGAAGAAUGGGUGGAAAAACCAUCGACAAUUAAAAAUGAAUCUCAAUCAGAUAAUGAGGAUACAGAGAUUGGACCCUCUCAGAAGGCACACGGGACUCUUACUCAUAAAGAAAUGGGUAAAGCUUUACUUCCAGGGGAAGGUGCUGCUAUGGCUGCAUACGUAGCAGAAGGUAAACGUAUACCGAGGAGAGGAGAAAUUGGCUUAACUUCAGAUGAAAUUGCAUCAUAUGAAAGUGUAGGUUAUGUUAUGUCAGGAUCGCGGCACAGGAGAAUGGAAGCUGUUCGUAUUCGUAAAGAAAAUCAAAUUUAUUCUGCCGAUGAAAAACGAGCAUUAGCCAUGUUCAGCAAAGAAGAGAGACAGAAAAGAGAAAAUUUGAUACUGGGACAAUUCAAAGAUAUGAUUAACUAUAAAUUAAAUGAAAAAAAUAAAUAAUUAAAACAAUAUAUAGUACCCAAGAUAUUUUAUUUAAAAAUUUUUACACAUGUUAUAUAAAAAGACUGUAAUAUUAAGAAAUCUGUAAAUAUAUGUUUUCAUUGUAA